UUUGCUCGCUAGCUUCUUACUUUAGACGUCAACUACGUUAGCCUUUAGCUAGCGUUAAUGUUGACAGGGUGCGUGUAAAGCAGGUGUGGAAUCUUUCUGCUUGUCGGGGGAUUUGUCACCUUUCCAAUAAGCAGAACGAGCGUGGACACGCGCUUGGUGUUCCCGAGUGCUCGAGUUCGCCUGUCAUCUUCUGGAAAACUACCUGCUGUCAUCAAACUUUUGGAGUAGCAACAACCAGAGUUUCAAUGGCCGAGGCCUUAGAUCCACCUGACUUUAAUCCAGAUGGAACAUCUCAUCAAAAACCCAAUCAGAACAAAUCCAGAAGAGGUCGUCCCAGGCACAAUGACAGGAACCUGAAUAGUAACAAUAGUUGUGAUGCUCAGUAUGGACAUUUUAGUGGGGGCUUUGAAGCCCAGUUUAAUAGUAAUUCAAAUUAUGUAGGACAUCAGCAUCCCCCCUACGGAGGAGCUGAUGGAGCGAGAUGGCGAGGCCGCGGUAGAGGGAGGAGAGAUGGAAAUAGAGGUUCUGGAGCUGGUCCUCGGUGGCAAAGACCUGGAGGAAACUUUAGUCAACACAGUGGCAGCAACAUCGCUGUUGGUGGCCACCAAGCAGGUGCCCCUUCAGUGGAUAGACCUGAUGCUGCAACCUGGCGAAGAGACGAUGUAAAUAGAAAUGUGGAACAAACCAGUGAAGACCAGGACACACAGCCAAAAAAACAUAGAAAGUUUAGUCAGGAGCAGAGGAGAGGGGAGCAAAUUAAGAAAGGCACCCAGACAGACAAAAACUGUUCAGUAAGGUACCAAACGUCAAAUGAGUAUUCAGAAGAAAGACAACUUUCAGAAGGUGAAAGAACUCGGAGGAGCAGAACAGGUCCUGAUUCUCAACAUGAUUAUCAUCAGGGCAAACCGCCUGAGACAAAGCGUCGACAAGGACCCAUUAAGCCACCUAAACCACAGCCUCAAGAAGAGGUAGGAUCAGAGAAGGGAGCCAGCGGCCAAAAUGAUUCAGACCAUGGAAGAGCAUCUCCUAACCCUGCCUGUAAAACUGGGAGAGGCUUGGAAAGACACGCACCCCUCCAGGCCAGAGGAGGGAGACGAACACACCAGCAACACAACUGGCCGGGCCAGAGGAAGCUGGAUGAAAGGAAGAUGCCGGAGAGCAGAGAGACACAGACAGGGUGUCUCAUUGAACAGCUGUCUGAGGAGAAGUAUGAGUGCAUGGUGUGCUGCGAUAUCAUCCGGCUCAUGGCCCCGGUGUGGAGCUGCCAGAGCUGCUUCCACGUCUUCCACCUGAACUGCAUCAAGAAAUGGGCCCGAUCCCCAGCCUCACAGGCAGACGAUUCUGCGGAAGGUUGGAGGUGUCCAGCCUGCCAGAAUGUUACUCUAAAACGCCCAACCUCCUACACCUGCUUCUGUGGUAAAGUGACGAACCCGGAGUGGCAGCGUAGUGAGAUUCCUCACAGCUGUGGUGAUAUGUGUGGAAAGAAAAGGAGCGGAGUAGACUGCAACCACCCCUGUAACAUCUUAUGUCACCCUGGGCCUUGUCCUCAGUGUCCUGCCUUUGUGACACGGUCUUGUGUCUGUGGGAAGACCAGUCAACCAAUGCGCUGUGGCCAGGCUUCAGUUCUCCAGUGUGACAAAGUGUGUGGCGCUGUGCUCAACUGUACUGAACACACGUGCACGCAGGUGUGCCACGCUGGGGCGUGUCAGCCCUGCCAGCUUCAGGUUCAGCAGUUUUGCUACUGUGGAGUCACAGUCCGUGAAGUCCUCUGUGGCACAGAUAACGAAGGAUUUGAUGGCUCAGGACAUUUUUCCUGCAAAAAGAUAUGUGGGAAGACGUUGGACUGUGAAGCUCACCAGUGUCAGCAGGUGUGUCACCGUGGUAGGUGUGAGCCAUGCCAACGCUCCCCGAGCCUGGUGAAGACGUGUCCCUGUGGUCAGACGCCACUAACCAAACUCCUGGAGCUGGGUUAUUCUGAGCGACGAAGCUGCUCAGAUCCCAUCCCCUCCUGUGGAAAGACCUGCAACAAACCUAUGCCCUGUGGUUCCAAUGACACCAUUCACCUGUGUGAAAAGUUGUGCCAUGAGGGCGUCUGUGGGCCCUGCUCUCUGACCUCAACUAUCAGGUGCAGAUGUGGUAGCAAAACCAAGGAUGUUCCAUGUGCAACAGUCCAUAAAGAGGAUGAACUCAUCUUCAGCUGCGAGAAACGCUGCAACAAGAAACGCUUGUGUGGCCGACACAAGUGUGGCGAGCUUUGUUGCGUGGCUGUGGAGCACAAGUGCCCCCUGAUCUGUGGUUACAAGCUGAACUGUGGUCUUCACCGCUGCCAGGAGCCCUGUCAUCGUGGAAACUGUGAACCCUGCUGGCAGUCCAGCUUUGAUGAGCUGACCUGUCACUGUGGUCUCACUGUGCUGUACCCACCCAUCCCCUGUGGCACAAGCCCACCAGAGUGUAAAAACCUCUGCACAAGAAGACAUGAGUGUGACCACCCAGUGUUCCACAACUGCCACAGUGAGGAGAAGUGUCCACCCUGCACUUACCUCACUCAGAAAUGGUGCAUGGGAAACCACGAGCAACGCAGCAACAUUCCAUGUCAUUUGCAACACAUUUCCUGUGGCCUGACCUGCAACAAGGCGCUGCCAUGCGGAAUGCACCGCUGCAGACGGCUCUGCCAUCGGGCCGACUGCUUAGCCGAGGGCGUCUGCCAGCAGCCCUGCGCGCUGCCUCGUCCAGACUGUGGCCACCCGUGUGCUGCUCCCUGUCAUGAAGGCAGCAGCUGCCCACGCUCCACCUGCGCUGCCAAGGUCGCUCUACAAUGUGACUGUGGCCGAAGGAAAGAGACCGUGGUCUGCACAGAGGCAACCACUUCAUAUCAGAGGUAUGCUGCCAUCGCCAUGGCCAGCAAACUGUCUGACAUGCAGCUCGGUGACUCUGUGGACAUUGGGCAGUUUCUGACCAAGAAGGAGCUGAAACAGACCAGGCUUGAAUGUGACCAAGAAUGUGCUGUGCUGGAGAGGAACAGGCGAUUGGCUGAGGCUUUGCAGAUAGAUGCAUCCUCUGAUCCCUUCAACGUCCGCUCCACCUCCUCCUACAGCGACAGCCUUAAAGACGACGCCAGAAAAGAUUUGAAAUUUGUCUCAGAGGUAGAAGAAGAGAUCAGAAAUCUUGUCGAGCUUGUCAGUAAGGGAAAACAGUCAAAGAGGAGUCACUGUUUCCCGCCCAUGAAAAGAGAACACCGCAAAAUCAUCCACGAUCUGGCCGAGGUCUACAGCGUGGAGAGCGUGAGCUAUGACAGCGAGCCCAAACGUAACGUGGUGGUCACAGCCCACAAGGGGAAGUCAUCCUGUCCAAACUCAUCCCUGACGUCGCUGAUAGAGAGAGAAACAGUUGCUAGAGCCCCCCCUCCCAUUGCUCACGUCAAACAGCAUGGCAGCAAGGCUUCCAGCGGAGGCACCUGGUCAAAGGCGGUUAAAGAAGAGCCUGUCUUAGAUUAUUUUGAUGUCCAGGACUAACAUUAGGCCCGACAGUAGAGGAACGCUCAGCUCAAAAACAUCUGUCUGAAAUUGGUUUCAUGCAUGUUCACUGUAAAUCAGGUACCGUUCCUUGCCUCCAUAAUCAAAUAAAAUUACAUUUGGGAAAUG